CGGUUAGGGAAGAAAAGGCAGAGCAGGACCGGGCGGGGCCGGCGGCGGGCAGCCGCGUCACGGUGACAACGGCGCCUUAAGGCGGGAGGGCGGGGUGAUGGCGGCGGCCGCCAUGGCUCACGCGUAUCCUCUGCCUAAACUAUACAAGUCCAUUAUUGAAGAUGUGAUUGAAGGUGUGCGGGAGCUCUUUGCAGAAGAGGGUUUAGAGGAACAGGUUCUGAAAGAAUUGAAACAGCUUUGGGAAACCAAGGUGGUGCAGUCUAAAGCAACAGAAGGCCUCUUCAGACGUAACCACCAUUCUCCACAGUUUACCCUGCAAUUGCCGCACAAUUUUCACCAUGUUCUGCAGGCUUCAGCAGCUUCUUUAGUCAUCCCAGCUGGCAGAGGUUUUCAGCAUUUGACAGCAGGAGAUCUGGGUGCUCCACAAGCGGGCGCAACUCUUACUCUCCCUACGGGUAUUGCUUAUCCUAUACAUGUACCAACUGGAGUGACGCUACAGACAGUAUCUGGGCAGCUUUACAAGGUAAAUGUGCCUGUGAUGGUGACCCAGGCCCCAGGAGAUGCGAGUAUUUUCCAUCACCCCGUUCAGCAGAUGUUUCAGCCCCUUGAGCAACCUUCAGUUCUGCAAGCCAACGUUGCCGGUGUUGCACAGGUGAAUGAAUCUUCUGCUCAGGCAGCUGCUGAAAUGUUACAACCCCAGGAGACUGCUGUCCAACAGACCACGGUAUUUCCACCAAAUGUUGUGGAAGAAAAUCACCUAGAGAACUCUGCCAAUAGUGCAUUGGUCCAGCAGCCUUCUCUGAGUCAGCAGCCACUUGCAUCUAAUGCAGUGUUGGAUCCGUGUGCAGACUCAACAGAGAAAUCCCAGCACGGCAGUCUUCACACAGCUGUGUUUACUCCAGAAGCCUCUGAAGGGUUUUCUCCCACAGAGUCCUUGGCAAACAACUCCAGUAGUGUCCUGCUGGAUGUGGCUGGGCAGUUUGACACUGAGCCUCAGCAGUCAGUGCAACAGCAAGUGCCUGAUAUCAUUGACCUGAUUAUCAUGGGCAAAAGUUUGGAUGAUAAUGCUGUGCUGAAAGAUCAUGACAGCAUUGCUUCCUCUGACAAGAUGGAACCUACUGAGCAGAUGGAAUCUAAUUUACAAUCAGAGAAGGAUAUCUGCAGUGACAUUGAAGGCAUAAUUCAGCUAGAUGGUACUGGUGACGUCUCUCCCAAGGAAGAAAUACCACAUACAAAAUAUAGGGAAGAGAAUGAAUUUAUUGCUCUUAUUGAAUCAGAGGAUCUAAAAGUUCUCGAAGAUGAGGAAGAUGAUGAUGAAGAAUGUGACAGUGUUACAAGCACUGAGUCUAGCAGCAGUGGUGGUGAUAAUGAAGAGCCCCAAGUAGAUAUAGUUGAGGAGGACCCCUUAAAUUCUGAUGAUGAUGUCAGUGAACAGGACAUUCCAGACUUGUUUGACACCGACAAUGUGAUAUUUUGUCAGUAUGACAAGAUACAUCGAAGUAAGAACAAAUGGAAGUUCUACUUAAAAGAUGGAGUGAUGUCCUUUGAGGGUAAAGACCAUGUUUUUGCAAAAGCUGUUGGUGAUGCAGAGUGGUGAAACCUCACUGAAGUAUGUACUUUCAGACUGUGGCAUUAUUCUCUUAUAAACCUUCUGUGCAACAACUAGACUUUCUAUUGUUUUGCCAUUAAAAAAAACAGACCAACAGAACAACAAAUCAGUGACAAAAAUAUGUAAAAUCAGUUUUGUUAAUCCAUGCAAACUAAACCACUGUUUUGUUAGCUACUCAGCUUUCUUUGCUGUUUUCUGAUUAUUUAAUUACUUUUCUACCCGAGAAAUGUUGUUGGCAUUAAUAGCUUUAAAGACUGAAAUACUGAAUCUGUUAGUAAUUCAAGAAAGUAAUGGAAUAUUAUGUGACUAUACUGAAGUAAGUUUCAGUUCUGUUGGUUUUCUUUCCAUUUUUUAAAAUAAGAACUAUGUAGUUGUUGGUGAUACUAUAUAUUUCUUUCCAAAGGGGAAAAAAAAAAGGAAAAAACCGACGACAACAACAACAACAAACCCACCAACAUCUGUGCAAGUCUGAGAUUUGUGACUUUCAGCUGUGCACUUCUUUCUCGCCUUUCCUUCCUCUGUUGCUUUUUUAUGUUGUUGCUUUGUGCAUUUUGUUGAGCUUAAAGGCAGGCACUUUAGAUGUACAUCAGGAAAUGUGGGUGAAAGACCCUUGAGCUCUCAAUAUGUGAGAAUUAUUGUUUAUUCUAUACCCUAUGUGCCUACUGAGAUGCAAUGAAUAGUGUGAUUUAAUAUUAAAAUGUGAUUUAUUUUCACUGUCAAUGGAAAGUCAUUUAAGUUUGCUUCUGCACAUAUCCACUACAUUCUAGGACUACAGACCAGUAAGCUGUGAAUGAUACAAAUUGUGCAUAAUAAUAAAAUGUCAUCUCAUAUA